AAUCUCCUCCCAGCUUACACAACAUUCACAGCCACUGAGCUCCAUGAGCACCUCGUGAGCUGCUGAACACUGAUCAAACACACACACACACAUUCCUUCAGUCUGCUGUGAUGGAGCUGGUGACCCGCGCCGUCGGCUCUCUCGCUCUGAGCCUCAUCGAGGCCUUACAGUCUUUCACCGAGCUGUUCCUCACACAGCCGCGGUGCGCAGAGCUCUCUCAUCUGAGCGAGAGCGACCUCAGGACACUCGGAGAUGAUCGAGUGUUUAAGGCCAGAGAACUGUGGGAGAGUUCAGGAGCCGUUAUCAUGGCUGUGAGGAGACCGGGAUGAUUCAUGUGCAGAGAGGAGGCGUCUGAUCUCUCCUCUCUGAAGCCUCUGUUAGACGAGCGAGGAGUCGCUCUGAUCGCGGUGGUCAAGGAGAACAUCGGCUCAGAGAUUCAGGACUUCAGAGCUUACUUUAAUGGAGAGAUCUUCCUCGAUCAGCAGAGAGCGUUCUACGGGCCGCUGAAGCGCUGGAUGGCUGUCUCUGGGAUCCUGCGGCCCGGAGUCUGGACGAGCGGAUGGAGGGCGUACCAGAGAGGAUUCUGGGGAAACGUGCGGGGCGAAGGCUUCCUGCUGGGGGCGGUUUAUGUCAUCGGACCGGGUCCACAGGGAAUCCUGCUGGAACACAGAGAGAUGGAGUUCGGAGACAAAGUCAAGAAGUCUGACGUGAUUCAGGCUGUUGAACAGAUAAAAACUGACACUAAAAAAGCCUAAAAUAUCACACGCUUACUGAAAACCCCUUCAGCUAGAAUGUGUUUUAUUCUAAAGUACUCCAUUAUAUAUAUGCAUGCAUGUGUGUGUGUGUGUGUGUAGUUGAUGACAGACUGACUCUAAACUCAGAUGAAGGAUCAGUCUCGAUGUUUCAUGCUCUACAUACACACACAGAAACCUAUAAAAUACACCAAUAAAACACACACUAUAAUCGAUCAAA